GAUUUUUGCAGGGAUGGCAGCCCACUUCGCCGGUCUUCGACCUGUGCAAAUACCCCACCAAAACAUUGCCCCCAAAACAAGUCAAACCGCGCCACACUUCGCUCUGCUGUCCGCGUACUGGCAAAGAUCUACCCUGACUAUUCUUCCUUUCUUUGGUUCCGAUCAACAUGUCUAAGCUGUUCUCGCUCGAAGGCAAGGGCCUGAAGCUCACUUCUGCCGCCGAUAUCGAGCCGCAUCUCCAGGCCCUCAAGGAGAACAACGAUGUGGAGGAAGUGAGAUUUUUGGGCAACACAUUGGGCAUAGAGGCUUGCGAGGCUCUGGCAAAGGUUCUGGAGACCAAGAAGAGCCUGAAGAUCGCAAACUUCGCCGACAUCUUCACAGGCCGCCUGCUCUCUGAAAUCCCAGCUGCGCUUCAGCACCUCGUCAACGCCUUCCUUACAUUGCCGAAUCUUCAAACAGUUGAUCUCUGCGACAACGCCUUCGGCCUGAACACCGUCGCGCCCCUUGUCGACUUCCUCUCCGCCCACACCCCGCUCCGCUUCCUCUACCUGAACAACAAUGGCAUGGGUCCCGCAGCCGGUGUUCUCCUCGCCGACGCUCUCACAGCUCUCGCCGGAAAGAAGGACGCCGCGCGCAAAGAAGGCAAAGAAGUGCCCGACCUCGAGCUCGUGAUCUGCGGCCGCAACCGCCUCGAGAACGGUUCGAUGCAAGCAUGGGCCAAGGCAUACGCAGCAAACCAGGGCAUCAAGACCAUCAAGAUGACACAGAACGGCAUCCGCCAAGAGGGCAUCACACACCUCCUCAGCCACGGCAUCGCGCACCUUUCCAAGCUCGAAACCCUCGACCUGCAGGACAACACGUUCACAUCCAUGGGCGGUAAGGCUCUCAGCAACGCCGUCGGAAAGUGGCCCGCCCUGCGCGAACUCGGUGUCGGCGACUGUCUGCUCUCUGCCCGCGGCGGCGUUGCGCUCGCUGAGGCGCUGCAGAAGGGCAACAACAAGAACAUCGAGGUGCUGCGCCUGCAGUUCAACGACAUCAACGCAAAGGGUCUCGCGGGCCUGGCUGCCGCCGCGCCGAAACUCCCUGCGCUGCGCCGCGUCGAGCUCAACGGAAACAAGUUCGAUGAGGAGGAUUCUAGCAUUGAGAAGCUCCGGGAGAUUCUGGAUGCGAGGAAAGAGGAGAGCGGCGAGAGGGAAGAUGAUGAGGAGUAUUGGGGUCUUGACGAGUUGGAUGAGCUGGAGAGUGAGGAUGAAGACGAGGAGGACAGCGAUGAUGAGGCGAAGAAGGACAGUGAUGACGAUGAGGAGGGCGUUGAGGUCGAGGAGCGCGCGGCGAGACAGUUGGUCGAGGAACAGCGGGCCGAAGACUCGCCAGUAGCACAAGAGAAGGACGUAAAGGUCGACGAUUUGGCCGAUGUCCUGGCCAAGGCUGAGAUCAAGUAGGCAAAGAUCAUGCUGAUGCUGCUUUGGACGUUGUGCGAUGCGCACAGGAUACUGGAUCGUGUAGAUCAGAUGCAUAACGAGUCGAUACCAUAGAAUUCAUGAUUUUUAUUCGUACAAGCAGUGCCUCUGUGUUGUUAAUAACAGCCUGAUUGGGUAGGACCUGCAAUAACAAUGACACGCAUAACUCGAUUUUG